AAUCCUGAUGGUACAGCAUGGCAUAGCUAUGGGGAGAAAGGUGUGAGCAGUAGGUGGAAGCCCUACCCCAACGGAUGAGCCCUCUGCCUGCCAUCUAGCUCCCUUAGCUGUAGGUGUGGAGACGACUUUGAAGGCUUUCCCCUUUAAUUAUCUCUACUACUUCAACCCCACCCAGAGGUCAGCAAUGGCAUAGGAGUUGGGGGCCUUGGGGACGUCACUUGGCCUUGUUUAGACCCUUACAAGGAUGAAGCCAGAGGGCAUUCUCUGCGACUUACAUACACCGCCGAAGGCUACGUGCCAACUGAUGUGACCGCGGAGGGAGCGCUGGAUGGGGAUGGGGUGAUGCUGAUAAGUUAGGCGGAGUAGGCACUUAGUCUACUUUAUAUUAAUUCCACCGAUGGCCCGCCACAUAAUUUCACAGGUGCCAAAUUUUCUAUAUCGUUAGGAAGCUUUCUUUUUUUAAAAGUAUCGGCUGCAACCAACAUUUCCAGCAACUCCUGUGCACACAUCCUAGCUGGCUGAUGUGGCAGCGCCCCGCCCAGCGAACAGGGCUGCUGGCUGCCGUCACGUUAGAAGCUAAUGGUGCUCGGUAAUGCUGCAGCCCAAGGCAGGUGGCAGGGAUCCCAGGCCGAGGACGGCGUUUGGGCCGGGGUCCGGGUCCGCGCACGCCGGAGAACGCGGCCGCGUUACAAUGCCGCGGGCGGUGCCGUCUCGGCCGCCAUAUUUGGGCUUAUGGGAGCUCGCAGCGGACAAAAUCCUUCGCGUUUUUCCGCUUUCCAUUCUUCCCUUAGAACCUUAAAGGCGUAAAACUGGGUCCAAGGCAGAGAGCGGCGUAGGUUAUAGAGAAGGAACUAAAAAGGACCUCCUUGGGAGGGUGACGAGUGUGGACCUACCACGAGAGGGUGGCAAGGCGGGGGCCCCCCCGAAGACACUGAAGGACGCGCUGCUUCACGUGGAAGAAAAGGUUGGGCGAGACCAUCCACGGAAGGGGGCUGAGGCGAUACCACUUUAAGAGAGGGGGCGGUAGGACUGAGACUUGGAGGUGCCACUUAGCGGAAGCUCCGGCGAGUGUGGGAACCCGGAGGGCCCAGACGUUGGCCCACACCCCCGCUUUCUCCGGCCAUGAGCCGUGUGGUGCGGACCGAGCCGCUCCGCGGGGAGCCCCCCGUGCGGCUGCCUGGCGACCCCUUCUCCGUGGUGGUUCUACUUCGGGGCGAGGCAGCCCGGGGUCCCAUCCUCGUGGACACCGGGGGCCCCUGGGCUCGGGAGAGACUCCUGGAGGCCCUGGCGGGGCAGGGCGUGGCCCCCGUAGACGUGACUCUGGUGGUGGGAACCCACGGACACUCGGAUCACAUCGGGAACCUGGGGCUGUUCCCAAGGGCCGCUCUGUUAGUCUCGCACGACUUCUGCCUCCCCGGGGGCUGCUUCCUUCCCCACGGGCUCGGGGAGGAGCGGCCCCUGCGGCUGGGGCCGGGGCUCGAGGUGUGGGCCACGCCGGGCCACGGGGGCCAGCGGGACGUGAGCGUGGUGGUGGCGGGCACGGCCCUGGGCACCGUGGCCGUGGUGGGCGACGUGUUCGAACGCGAUGGGGACGAGGGCUUCUGGCAGGCCCUGAGCGAAGACCCGGUGGCUCAGGAGCGGAGCCGGAAGAGGGUCCUGGGCACAGCCGACGUGGUCGUGCCCGGCCACGGAGCCCCCUUCCUGGUGGUCAGGGAGGCCUGGAAUCCAGAAGCAGAGGGCCCUGAGGCCAGAGACGAGGAGCCCCAGGAGACACCGGACGCCUGUGAGGGCGGCCCUCCCGCCCCAGCCCCCAGCCUGGGAACUGAAGUCUAGGUUGAGAGAGGACCAGUCAGCCAGAGUCGGAGGGGCCAGGUGGUCACUCCCAGCGAGGACAGAGCGCUUCUGCCACCGCUGUCACCAAUAUCACCAUUUUAGCAGCCAAACUCGGACCAAGGAUGGACCAGCUGUGUGCCACCUCUGAGGGUUUCAUUAACAAAAUGGGAGACGAUUGGGAGAGUUGUCCCAAAUAAAAAUUGGAAACUACGUUGAAAAUCAUAGUGCCUUAAUGUAAAUAAAAAUUGGAAACUAC